UCAAAUAAGUUGGCUCAUUUCUCUAAUUUUUUAUCAUUUAGAAUUUGAAUUUUGAUAUCAUCUGAAAUUCACCAAGGUAAAAUCCGAAAAAUGAACACUUUCCGCAGUUAUAAACGCGUUUUGUUAUUGAUUACGUUUUUUUGUGUUCUGAGAAAAUCACGCCAGAUUGGAGUACCGCGCGCAAGCAGAUUCAUAUCAUUCAAUGACAUGAGAACCGGUUACGAGUUACACGUUCCAGAUUUGAAGUUUCUCGAGAAGCCGACACGCGCCAGUUGUGCUUCUUCGUGCAAUCUUACACCUGCCUGUAAAUCCUUCAAUUUCUGCCACAAGAGAUUCUGCUACUUGAACGAAAUUGAUGCAUUUGAUCUCGCAGUUCGAAACUCACUGAAAGAAUCCGAGCACUGCUUGUACGGAGGAAUGCUGCUGGAAACAAAGCCGACGUGCAAUGAAAGCGGCAUCGCGAAGAGCAUACGGGACGAUGAAAUGCCAGGCGACUGUGCAAUGAACCAGAAGCGAAUGGACAGCAUUGGAGAGUGGGUGUACAUGGAGGAGAAGGAUUUAGAUGAGUUUUUGAGUGUGUGGAUAUCCUUCAGAGAGAGGCAGUGCAGCAUCUCUGCUCACGGUGGACAGGACAAGUGUCUGCUGGACGAACCUGAGACUGAGAUUCUAAAGGGGUAUUUCUGGCGUGAAACUCCGAUGGCCUUCCUUGGAGCCCAGGAAUAUUGCGCGUACGGUAACGGCUUUUUGUGGGAUGGAUCACACACUUCUGGGGUGGAGGAAUGGAAUUUUGUGGCGUCAUUACUGGAUUACCGCAACUUCUGGUUGGGAUAUAACUUCAGGGUCCAAGAUUCGGUGGAUGUCGAAGACGUGAUUAACACUCCGGCGAGACCCGAACUAAUAUAUCCCAUCGCAGAAAUAGCGGAACCUUCUGAUGAUCAAUCCAGUCGGGCCGAAAAGGAAGAUAGACACAAACAAGCCCUACAAGUCUACCACGAAGAGGUGAGGAGAAAAGCAGAAGACAACGCGAAGUUUAAUGGACUUCAGAUCGGCGAUAUCGACAAGAAAAGUGCAGCCAGAACACGAAUUAAUAUAGUUGCUCAAAAUUCACUACCCGAACCAGAAAAUUACAGGGCCAACCCACAGGAUAAUCCCGAGUUUGAAAUUGACCUGGAAGACUUCCUAGUCUUAGCGGUAGACAUUGACAAUCAAGUAAAAGCGGUGAACGACAAAAUCGAAGGAGGAGUGAGAACUGUAUUCAAUCAUGAAGGUCUGGAACUGAAAAAGUCACUUAUGCAAGACCUUGUAUCAAAGAAAAUUAAACACGCAAUCGAAGAAGACAGAAAACAUGACAUCGCACUACUGGGAAACUAUUACAAACCUUACAUCAACAACUUGCACGUUAACGGAGGAUGCCUUUACUUUGACGGUAGAUUAGUUAUACCUGCAUGUUUGAGGACGACGAUGCUUCACAGGUUACACGAAGCUCACCCAAGCCAGUUUGCGAUGAAAAGUCCGGCAACCCUCUACAUCUGGUGGCCUAAAAUCUACAGAGAAAUACAAGCACACUGA